AAUCGGAAGAAAUAAUUAACGAACCGAUUGUCAUUUCCGAUGAGUUCAUUUCGGAUGAAUCGCAGACGACCAGCCCGGGAAAUUCCCCACGUGCGUCCGAUAUUAUGAACAUCCCGGUUGACAAAAAUUCGAUCUGGGCGUCAUCAAGUGUAAUCAAUAUAUCAAAUUCCGGAUUGAAAGCGGCUAUUGGUAAAUAAUCGAAUUUAAUUAAGUUAUAAAGGCUUAUCCAGAUUAUUCAUAUAUUAUAUCGUGGGAAAUCUAUUCAUUUUUUUUAGUUGUUUUUGUGUUAGGUACCGAUACAGUAUAAUAUUAAUUGAAUCUAAUUAAUAUAAAUAAAUAAUUGUAAUUUGAAAAAAAUAUUUCCUUACUUGAUCGUAGAACGAAUUGUCAGAAUUCGGCGGAUUUUCUAA